AAAUCUCAAAUCCCUUUAUCUCAACAUUUUAGCAAUGUGGAUCUUUGUGGUGGAAGAAAUUGAAAUGGUGGUGCUACUUUCGGUAUUGCUUCAGCAGAAGGAGGCUGCAGUGAUGGGAAAACAAAGGGAUUCUUUGCUGUGGGGAAGCAAGGGGAAUAGAUGGAGUGGUGGGAAGAGAAAGAACGAGGACAAUGAGAAUGGAGGAAGAGAAAGAAAGGAAGAAGGGAGGAAGAGAAAGAAAGGAAGAAGGGAGCAAGAAAAAGAAAGGAGGAAGAAGCGAGGAAAAGUAGUGGCCAACAGUGGUGAUGGUGUUGCUACCGGUGCCGGAACCCCAACGAAAGGACAGAUGGUUACGUUGUCACAAGGCAUGCCUGCAAUGAACACAGAAAACUUUGUGUGGGCUUGCCUUGGAAACAUCAAUGCACAGAAAAAUAUUUUUGAACUCAUGGUGCGAAACAAUGAAUCUUUGAAAUUGACAGAUUCGCUGCUUUGCAACUCAACAUAUGAUCUGGAGCCUGCAGCACUUAGUAAUGCUCCUAAGAUCCGACCAAUAGGCCCACUUCUGGCAAGCAAUCGGCUUGGAGAAAUCGAUGGAAAUUUCUGUAUAACUUUUUUUAACCCAACUCAACUCCAAGAACUAGCCUUGGCGCUUGAACUCUCUAACAGACCAUUCCUGUGGGUCAUUUGUCCAGAUUUAGGAGAAAGAAGAAAAGAAGCAUACCCAGAAGGAUUUCAAGACACAGUAGCCACUAGAGGGAAAAUGGUUGGAUGGGCACCUCAGCAAAAGGUACCAGCUCAUCCUUCCGUUGCUUGUUUUGUGAGCCAUUGUGGUUGGAACUCAACCAUAGAAGGUGUAAGCAAUGAGGUCCCUUUCUUGUGCUGGCCUUACUUUGCUGACCAGUUCCUCAACCAGAGCUACAUUUCUGAUAUUUGGAAAGUUGGACUAAGGCCUCAUAUCAACAGAAUGGGCAAUCCACAUAUUUUGGUCGUACCUUAUCCAGCACAAGGCCAUGUCAUUCCUCUCAUGGAGCUCUCACAAAUCUUGGUCAAACAUGGCAUCAAAAUCACAUUUGUGAACACAGAAUUUAACCAUGAACGAAUCAUGAAUGCAUUGGGAAAAGAACCUUCUGUAGAAGGGCAAGUUCAUCUAGUUUCAAUCCCAGAUGGGAUGGGUGCUGAUGAAGACAGAAAUCAUCUAGGGAAGUCAUCUAAAGCAUUCUCGAAGUUCAUGCCUGAAGUUGCAGCAGAGUUGGGAAUAAAGGGAGCUGCCCUCUGGCCUCUAGCAGCCCUGGUUCUAGCUUUGAUUUUAAACAUCCCCAAGCUGAUUGAUGAUGGACUUAUUGAUGAAAAUGAGUACAGUUCCUGUUUGAAAUGGCCUGACCAACAGCCACCACACUCAGUCAUAUAUGUGGCAUUUGGCAGCUUCAUGAUUCUUAAUCGUACCCAAUUCCAAGAAUUGGCGCUGGAUCUUGAACUCUCCAAUAGAUCAUUUCUUUGGGUUGAUGGUUGGGCACCACAGCGAGCAGUUUUGAGUCAUCCUUCCAUUGCUUGCUUUAUGAGCCACUCUGGCUGGAAUUUCACCAUGGAGUGCGUAAGCAAUGGAGUCCCUUUCUUGUGCUGGCCCUACUUUGCGUAUCAAUUCCCGAAUGAGAGCUACAUUUGUGAUAUUUGGAAGGUGGGAUUGAAAUUUGAGAAAGAUGAAAGUGGGAUUAUUAGAGGAGUAGAGAUUAAGAACACAGUAGAGAAAUUGCUGGGUGAUGAGAAUUUUAAAGCGAGGGCUCUUGAACUGAAGGAGAAGACCAUAAACUGCUUUAAAGAAGGUGGUUUCUCUGACCAGCAUUUCAAGAGUUUCAUUGAAUGGGUGAAAUCAUGGACAAGUUGUUUGCAGUUUGGUUUCUGCAUCAUUUUCUUUCCCCUGUUUUCUUUCUUUUUCCUCAUGUAUGAGUAUGAAACUCUGCCAAAGGAAAUAAUUCCUCUAAAGUCUAGGCACAAAUAAAUCAAAGGAUGGCAUUCUGGAAAAUGGGUUUGAUGGACAAAACAGACAAUCAUUCAACCAUAUACGGAUUUUAAUCCUAUUAGGAAGUACCUUAUAAAAAUAUGUUAGUUCC